AUUAUUACAAGGUGUAUUCUAUUCCAGUCAAUCAGAACACGCUAUUCACACAUUAUUGCAAGGUGUGUUCAAUUUUAGUCAAUCAGAACACGCUAUUCACACAUUAUUGCAAGGUGUGUUCUAUUCCAGUCAAUCAGAACACGCUAUUCACACAUUAUUGCAAGGUGUGUUCUAUUCCAGUCAAUCAGAACACGCUAUUCACACAUUGUUGCAAGGUGUGUUCAAUUCCAGCCAAUUAGAACACGCUAUUCACACAUUAUUACAAGGUGUGUUCUAUUCCAGUCAAUCAGAACACGCUAUUCACACAUUAUUGCAAGAUGUGUUCAAUUCCAGCCAAUCAGAACACGCUAUUCACACAUUAUUGCAAGGUGUGUUCUAUUCCAGUGAAUUAGAACACGCUAUUCACACAUUAUUGCAAGGUGUGUUCUAUUCCAGUCAAUCAGAACACGCUAUUCACACAUUAUUGCAAGGUGUAUUCUAUUCCAGUCAAUCAGAACACGCUAUUCACACAUUAUUGCAAGGUGUGUUCAAUUUUAGUCAAUCAGAACACGCUAUUCACACAUUAUUGCAAGGUGUGUUCUAUUCCAGUCAAUCAGAACACGCUAUUCGCACAUUAUUGCAAGGUGUGUUCUAUUCCAGUCAAUCAGAACACGCUAUUCACACAUUGUUGCAAGGUGUGUUCAAUUCCAGGCAAUUAGAACACGCUAUUGACACAUUAUUACAAGGUGUGUUCUAUUCCAGUCAAUCAGAACACGCUAUUCACACAUUGUUGCAAGGUGUGUUCAAUUCCAGCCAAUUAGAAUACGCUGUUCACACAUCAAGUUAAUUGCAAGGCGUGUUCUAUUCCAGUCAAUUAGAACACGCUAUUCACACAUUAUUACAAGGUGUGUUCUAUUCCAGUCAAUCAGAACACGCUAUUCACACAUUGUUGCAAGGUGUGUUCUAUUUUAGUCAAUCAGAACACGAUAUUCACACAUUGUUGCAAGGUGUGUUCUAUUUUAGUCAAUCAGAACACGCUAUUCACACAUUGUUGCAAGGUGUGUUCUAUUGUAGUCAAUCAGAACACGCUAUUCACACACUAUUGCAAGGUGUGUUCUAUACCAGCCAAUUAGAACACGCUAUUCACACAUUAUUGCAAGGCGUGUUCUAUUUCAGUCAAUUAGAACACGCUAUUCACACAUUAUUGCAAGAUGUGUUCAAUUCCAGCCAAUUAGAACACGCUAUUCACACAUUAUUGCAAGGUGUGUUCAAUUCCAGCCAAUUAGAACACGCUAUUCACACAUUAUUACAGGGUGUGUUCUAUUCCAGUCAAUCAGAACACGCUAUUCAUACAUUAUUGCAAGGUGUGUUCAAUUCCAGUCAAUUAGAAUACGCUAUUCACA